AUGCCACGGGAAAUCAUCACACUGCAGGUUGGUCAGUGCGGCAACCAAGUUGGAUCUGAAUUUUGGAGGCAACUUUGCGCAGAGCAUGGUAUCCGUCACGAUGGUGUAGUAGAAUCGUUUGCUAGUGGCGGGGAUGACCGCAAAGAUGUUUUUUUCUACCAGGCUGACGACGACCACUACAUUCCCCGGGCGUUGUUAGUUGAUUUGGAGCCGCGAGUCAUCAACGCUAUUCAACGUGGCAGCAUGCAAAGGCUUUUUAACCCUGAAAAUGUGUACAUUCAUUCCGAAGGUGGUGGAGCAGGCAACAACUGGGCACACGGCUACGAGAUGGGGGACACAGUCCAGGAAACGCUGUUUGAUAUGAUAGAGCGAGAGGCGGAGAACAGCGACAGUCUGGAGGGGUUCGUGCUUACGCACAGUAUCGCUGGAGGAACGGGAAGUGGAAUGGGGAGCUACCUUCUCGAGAAUCUGAAUGAUCGCUUUCCAAAGAAACUUAUUCAAACUUAUAGCGUCUUCCCCAAUCAGUCCCGUGGUGGUGACAGUGACGUCAUUGUGCAACCCUAUAACAGUCUUUUGGCUAUUAAGCGCUUGACGCUGCACGCAGAUUGCGUUGUUGUACUGGACAACACGGCGUUGAACCGCAUUGCCACAGACAACCUUCACAUAUCUUCACCAACUGUCGAACAAAUGAAUGGUCUUGUGAGCACCGUCAUGGCAGCCUCAACAGCGACGCUGCGUUAUCCGGGGUACAUGAAUAACGACCUCAUGAGCAUGCUCGCGUCGUUGAUCCCUACGCCACGAUGUCAUUUUGUCUGUACAGGUUACACACCCACGACACUUGAUACAUCAAAUAUACAGUCUUCUGUGCAGAAAACUUCAGUUCACGAUGUGAUGCGGCGGCUUCUGAUGCCAAAAAACAUGAUGGUUUCAACGUCCAUGAAGAGUGGUUGUUAUAUUUCCUUGCUGAACCUUAUUCAAGGUGAUGUGGACCCCGCACAGGUGCAUCGGUCACUUGAACGUAUUCGGGAGCGCUCACCGAACUUUAUCCCGUGGGGCCCUGCAUCCAUUCAAGUUAUAUUGUCCAAGAAAUCACCGUAUUUGGACACAAGGCACCGUGUAAGUGGGCUCGUAAUGGCCAACCACACAAGCAUCAGCUCCCUCUUUCAGCGAACACUCAAACAGUUUGACCUACUGUUCAACCGUGGUGUUUUCCUUGAGCAAUAUAAAAGAUAUGGCCCCAUUAAGGACAACUUGGAUGAGUUCAAACAUUCUAGGGAUGUGGUGGAGAGCUUAGUUUCUGAGUACAAGGCAUGUGAGAGCUCCGAUUAUAUACGAAACUUUUGA